UAUUUGAACAGUGAUUUCGCGUUAAAUCAGUAAAAUAAAUUGGAACUUCAUUCAUAAUGUGUAGCUAAGUGUGUUUGGUGAAAAUCUAUUAAAUCUUAAACAGUCUGAGUCCCGAUGGUCAUUGGAGGGUUUACAUACUACAGGCAUAGAUUUAAUACAUAUGUAUUUAAUCUAUGCUACAGGCUAUAAUAUUAUGGUCUUUGCACUGAGCGUAAAUUGUGUAAAAAACAGAUUAUUUUGUGAAACGUGAACAUUAAUUACUGAUAAGUGUAUUUUAUUAUUACUUUGCAAGUCAAAUUUCAAAGGCUUGUUAUGAUAAACCAAGGUUAACACAAUAUCUUCUAUUUACAUUGAUAAUAAACUAGUAAAAAGGUAUUCCAGCAAAUUUCCUAGCAGAUAACAACCCCUCAGUUUGUCGGAUACCACUUGCCAUUGGUUAAAUACGACCAAUAGGAAGAGUAGUAGUACUUUUUUGUAAGAUAUCUAACCUAACUCGUGGUAGCGGGCGCCGGGCAAAAGCUAAUGCGUGAAACGCACCAAAACUUGUAAGCUCUCAAAACACCUAUCUUUUAUGAUAUCAUGAUUCAUGAAUCAUCCUUAAGGUAGCCCAGCCAUGACCUAUCACCUAAGUCCUAACCAUGAAAAUUGUGUAAAACAAUUGAUGUUUUUCAAUCAUAACUGUUUAAACGAUGAUGCCAUAAAAAGUUGAAUUGUUCAAAAAUUAAAUUAAUUAUUUUACAUAAAUAUUUUAAAUUAAUACCUACCUUACCUGUUUAACAGACGGAUUCUCAAUAUUAUUCGGUGUUUUUUUUUUGUAUUGUACAAUGUUUACGGAUGUGAAAUUAGAGCAAAGUUUGGUUGUGAUCUCAGGAACUCCAGCAUCAAAUUCACCAGCAACACCCACAGAUUCGCCGCGAUCAAAACCUCAAGUAAACUAUUUGGGCCUGUUAUUGGCUGCAGUAUCUUCAUUGUUCUUUUCGCUUACCUCUUUAAUUGUCAAAUGGCUACACGAUGUGGACCCGUUGGAACUAGCAACUGUACGUUUUGUUGGAAUUUUGCUGCCUACAUUACCUAUCCUAAUCUAUAAACGACAGCAUCCGUUUCCUAAAGGCAAACGUCUCAUGUUAUUACUGCGCUCUUUUUGUGGAGCAACUGCACUUACCCUGACUUACUAUGCAUUUAGACUUAUGCCUCUUGCUGAUGCGUCGGCUAUUGUGUUCAGCGUCCCGAUAGUGGUAGCAGUAUUUGCUAGAAUAUUUCUUAAAGAGCCAUGUGGGCUCUUUCACUAUUUUGCAUUAUUUCUAACUAUGAUAGGAGUGAUAAUGAUAGCCAGACCACCAAUUUUAUUCAAUGAAUCUAUGGAGCACUAUAAUUUCUUUGGACCUUUAGCAGCCAUAGUAUCGACUAUAUUUGCAGCUGUUGUGUAUAUACUCCUUAGAGCUUUGAAGGAUGUUCAUUUUACUGUUACCAUGGUGUGUUUUGCUAGUUACUCUAUUAUACAGACAUCAAGCAUGGCUUGGGCAUUAGACAAAUUGAGCUGGCCAAAAUGUGGAACUGAAAGAGUUCUAUUUGUCACUUUGGGAUUGUGUAGUUUUGCCGGACAAGCAUUGUUAACCUUAGCUGCCCAACUCGAAGAAGCAGGAUUGGUAGCCAUUGCAAGAUCAGUCGACGUUGUUUUUGCUUUCGCGUGGCAAAUUAUAUUCUUUAAUGAAAUACCCAGUUUGAUGAGUGUCAUCGGCGCUGUGUUGGUAACUUCGUCUGUUGUAUUAAUUGGCCUGCGAAAAUGGAUAAUGUCUAUGCCUGCUACAUCAAGUUUAAAAAAAAAGUUAGGUUUUCUAUUCUUAUGACAAAAUUGGUACUUUUUGUUUGUGCUUUGAGUUAUGUACCAACAUAUGAUGAACAAGUAAUUUAUUUUUAUUUAGUAAUUACUAAUUUUUUAAUUUUAAUUCAAUACAUUGUUAUAAAGUGUCAUUUUUAGAAUUAGAACUGAGUUUUGUAUGUAUUUUUUCAUUUAUUUCUGUCCAAGAAAAGACUGCAGUGAUAGGAUAGUAUAUAAGCACAAACUGUAUCAUCUUUAUUAUGGUAUCCAUAGUUUUAUAAAAUAUACAAUUUUUAUUUGUUGUAAAAAUUGAAUUUUUUUGUUUAAAUUAUUUUUAUGUGUAGGUAUAGUUCUUUUAGUCAAUGUUAUGAACUCAGAUUAUAUAACUUGCAAUUAUUGUUAAUUACUUAUCUUUCAUGUAUACAUAAAACAAAUUUGUUUAUAGAAUACAAUUGUAUGAGUUAGUUUAAAUGUUAAAUAAUUACCAUAUUAUAAUUUUUAAUGAAACUUACUAGUAUACUUCAGUGCAAUUUAUAUUACGAACAAUUUAAAAUUGAAU